AUGGUCAUUAAAAAACUCAAAUCUGUGAAAAAAGAAGUUGAUGAUAUUUUUGGUUCUCUUCCAAAUUCUCAGUUAGCCGGUUAUUCCCCAAUGUUUACUAAGACUGUAAUUUCUUUCGUUAUCAGAAGGGUUAUGUGGUACCCUGUGGUGCCAUUAGUAGCUCAAUUUUUUGGCUCUUUAAUUGAAACAUACGCUUAUGUUAAUAGUGCGGUACCUUAUCCUCUAAUAUUACUUAGCUACAUUGGCAUAUCACUUCAAGGAUUACUGAAAACUUUAGUAUUUUCUCAAGAUAUUGCCGUUACUCGUGCUUUUCAGGCUGUUAAACUACAGUGGUGGAUCUCCUAUGUUAACUAUUAUGAGUCCCACUACUCUCAUCGAUCUUACAACAAAGCUAUUACUGAAAAAUUUAGCAUGCUAGAAAUAUCCAAUAAUUUUGUUGACUUGAGAAAUUUAAACUCCAAAUGGUCAAGAUACAUGCUAUUAAUUAAGCUUUUCUCUGCUCCAAAAACUUCAUCUCGAUUGGUUUCACAUAACCUUCUAUCACCGGUAAAUUCUUCUUCAGAAAAUAAGACCAAUACUUCUUCUACUCUGUUUGGAAAGGACAAUUCAGGGCAAGCUAUAACUCAUGACAAUCAAAAUGAUCAAGAUAUUUAUUUAGCUCUUCCUGAACCUGUUCAUUUAAAAGAUACUUCUCAACAUUCCUCAGAUUUAUUAUCUCAUCAUUUAAACUUAUCAAUUUCACCAGAUCACUUGAAAGAUAGUUAUAGUCCAACUAAUCAAACAAAUACAAGUAGUAUUAGUGUUUCACUUAAUUCUACCGCAAAUAUGUCAAACUACACGGUUAGUGAUGAUGAAGAACGGGUUGAUGUUAUGCUUGCUGAUGAUGAACCAACAGAUAUUGAUUUAUUUAAGGAAAUUGAAAUGUUUAAACUAAUGUUAAAAAGGCUGUGA